CAUAAUGUCUAGAAACGUAAGGAGAUAAUUAAUAAUGUAGGUCACUAAUUUAAUUUGUAUAAAAUAAAAUCUAAGGUCGUAAAAAACAAAGAACAGCUUACGUGUGACGUCAGAGGUAAACUGUGUGAAUACGCAUGCGCAAGACACUCAGCUGCCAUGACAACGGCGGCAUCUUGUUCCUGUGACUGAAGCUGCGGGGAGGAAUGGAGCGGCUGGUUAGCAUCGCUUACCAGGUCAGUUAACUGGUUCCACUGGUUCCACGACGAACACCAGCUGCUUAACGAACACAGGGGAUCGCGUGAUGACCGAGCAGUGAGAUCUCGCGGUGUUUUGUCUGCGGUGAGAGCGACAUGACCGUCCGCUUCAAGUGUCAGAGUGAAUACCAGAAGAGCUACAGGUCCAGAAGUGUCUCUCCUCAGAGCUGCGCCUGCGCCGGCCUGCGCUCAGCCCACCUGGGUAUCAGCAGAGAACCAGGUCUCCAGCGGCGGAAGAAGCCAGGUGGUCUGGCUCAAUCCUGCAGCUCUCUCCUCUGUCCCCCACAAUCACAGCUGACCACUGAAGCACUUAAAACAACAGCUCCCCCUGCUGCCUCCAGGAGUCGUUCCGCCCACGGGAGGGAGUCUUCUCUUCAGCCCAAACCUUCAGCACCUCCGGAUUCUGCUGCUGCAGAGCCUAAGACUCCUGCAGGACCCCGACCUGCUGCAGACCCUGAACCCUCAGUGGACCCAGAAGCUGCUGAUAAACCUGCGCAGCCCCGCCUCCCCAAACCUGACAGCCAAUCACAACAGAGCCAACCUCUGACAGCAGCAGUUGAUGGACAGCUGUCAUCGAACAACGAGGUCCUGAGGGCUUUGCGGGGGAGGGCAGGGCUGAGGUCAGGAGGUCAAAGGUCAGGAGGUCAUCGGUCAGAGUACCACAGACAGUUCAGCUGGAAGAAACCUACAGCUGCUGCUUCACCGCUACUGACUGCAGAACAGGUGCUUUACUCCAGCAGCAGGUCUGUGCCCCCCUUUAAGAAGAAUCCUGUCACCGUGGAAACAGAGUACCGGCGCAGCUUCCAGGGUGUUGCUCCGCCCACUAGACCCCGCCUUCGGAAACACCUGGAACAUGAGCGGGUCCCCCUGUUCCACACACACAUGAACAACAAAAAGAGGAGGGAAGAGAAGAAGCUCCGCCCCUCCCCCGUGAAGGCUGAUGCCACGCCCCCUCCUCCUCGGGUACACAGGAGUUUCACAGAAUAUGAGUCCAGCUUUCGUUCUCCUCUCUACAGGAUCCCGGAGGAGGGCAGAGCCUCAGACGGUGACGCCCCUCAGGUGACUGAGUUGAGGCAGAAGGCUUUGUCGUACCGUCAGCGAGCCUGGGGAGCUCAUUUCUCCAGAGAUCACCUGAGCCAGCUGCGGUCCGAACACACCGCUCUGUGGGAGCCGACAGACACCACCACAGACUCUAAUAGUGACCCGCCCAGUCCCCCCUGCCCGAUGUCUGAGUCCCACCCUGAUGCAGACAAUUGCGGCUCGUCCCGUGUGGAGGCUCUGGACCUGAUCAGUUGCUCCAGUAACUCCAGUAAAAGAUCUUCUGUUGUGGGUUCAGGAGAAACACAACACACAAACAAAAACACACAAACAGAAGCACACACACCCCCGAGUCCUGCUGCUGAGAGACGCACGGCCUGGAGAGAAGAAGAGGAGGAGGACGCUGACGAAGAGGAGGGACGGUUACCGACUCCCAGGCUGAAGCUGCUUCCUGUUCAGAGGACUCACCAUGACCUCACCACUCCCUCCACAGGUGGCGCUCUUCUGGUGGGGAAAGUGAAAGGCGCCGAUGGAUCAUCUCCCCACAAACAGAGGUCUGUUUCAGCUGUUUCCAUGGCAGCGGGGGCGGAGACUGCAGUCAGCGUGCUGGACAAACCAAAGGAGGUGUGGUCAGAGAAUAGCCCCUCCCACCAUGCUUCAUUGGGUCCCUCCCCUGAGCACAGACCAGCUGCCAGUCCUCCCUCUAAACCAAUCAAAUCAAAGCUAACACCAGUAUCCUCUGCAGCCCCGCCCCCUCUAGUCCCGCCCCCUAUGCACGGUAUCCAUGGCACCCUGAGACAUCCAGACUUUCAACACAACGGUGAGCUGGGUUCAAGGUUCAGAGAGCGCCCGUGUUCAGGUGGAGGCUGCUGCUCAGAUGAAGACGACCGGCUGUCUGUGAUGUCGUGGCGCUCUGCUGCCUCCUGCUCCAUGGCGUCGGCCGUGUUGGAGCGCGCUCAGAAGAGACGGGAGAACUUCUGGGGGAAGAGAUGACCUCUGACCUCCUGACCAGAUCACAGCUGUUACCAUGGAAACAAUCGUGUUAGUCCAUCACUGUUGUACCAUGAUUAGUCAGAAUGAUGUUUUUUUAUAGAGUUAUUUAAAUCACUGAUGAUCGUUUCUAUUCUGCAGCUCGUGAAGGUUUAAUUUUGUGUAUUUAUUUUGAAAGAUUGUUUGAGUUCCGUUAAGACUGAAGGAGGUUAAAGGUCAUCACAUGAGGAGACUCAGAACAGAUCCUCCAUUAUCUCAUCAUGCUUACACGGCAAGAUCUGAAAUCAUGACUCAUCACGAUGUUACUAAGUUAUCGUGCCCGGCGAAGGAACGCACCACCUUAUGUGACCUCAUGUGACCUCAUGCGACCUCACGUGACCUCAUGCGACCUCAUGUGACCUCGUGACCUCGGGUGACCUAAUGUGACCUCAUGUGACCUCUGGAGCUGCAGGUUAAAUGUGUGAUUCUAAAGCUUUGUGUAGAAAAACAAACGUCUGAAGAGACAACAUAUGUCGUCUGUUCUUCAGUGAGAGGUCAGAGGUCAGAUUGAAACUGUCAGACGUGUUUCAGGUGUCCGGCUCACCUGUACGGGUUGCAUCUUGCCGCCAGUCGCCAUGACUACAGUCCACUUAUUACUUGUCUCUCGGGGUUGUUGUCAUCACACACGACUUCCUCCCAUGAUGUAAUCGUGCUGUAAUCUGAUGGUCUGUGCUGCUGUAAAUCUGAUGAGAUGAGAUCUUUGUUUGUUUGUUAUGAGCUCUUUACCUGUAACAUCUGUAAUGUUGCUGUUUAAUAAAUGAAAUCUUCAAACACA